CAAACAGAGACAUAAGUAGCAAUAAAAGAUUGCUUACAGGCCAGUGCAGAACCCAUAUCUAAGAUGAUGCAACUAGAAAUGCAACCUUGCUCAAAAAUCAGAAUGUAGUUUGGAUAUUUGUACAUAUUUCGAAAGGGCCUAGCCUCCAGACCAUCAUCAUCGACAGAUAGACACAAACAACCGAUUGUUGAAGAACCAUUGUGGUCCUUGUUUUGAUAGUAUGUUCAUCAACAGACAAAACAGGCAAACUUGAUUAAGAAAGUUAAGUUCAUCUGAAUACCAUUCAAGACCAGCAAACAGCUCAAGUUCUUCAUCACUCAGAAGGUCUAAGUAGGAAAAGUAGAGUACCUACCAAGUAGGUAUGCGAUAAUCGGGAUCAGGAAUCACAGUUUCUUUCUUCUGGACCUUCCUUCCAAGCUGCCAAGCAUCAAAGUAGCCAUCUCAAACCAUGAGGUACAAUUAAUAAAACUGGACCCAUAACCCAAAAUUAGUUCAAUCACAUUUCAUAGUUCCCGUCACCAACCUGGGCAUAAAUUAAAUUCUUUCACCUUCAUCUACCAAUUACUUUGAUUCUGAUUGGUACUUCAUCUACCAAUUACUCUUAUGAAUAUGAGUAAGAUUAACAUCCCUGAAAACGGAGCAGCAGUCAACAGGACACGACUAGCCUUUUUCUUUUCAUUGUUUUUGCCCAAAACAAUUUUUUUUUCUUAUUUUUAGGCAUGAAAAAAAAUUAAAACUUCUGGUUCGUGGUUUUCGUAGAAUAAAUUGACCUCAUUGCCCCUUGUUUCCGGUAGCAAUAGAAUCAUUAACCGCCAUGAUAAGGACAUUUAGGUAAUUCAUGUAAACUGUAUGUCUUUGCCUACGUUUUGCCUUAUCUAGUAGAACUACAGAAAGACCCACACUUUCUCUUUGUUUCUUCUCCGAAAGUUCAAAGCUUUAAAGGACAAAGCACUUCAAAAAAGUGAUAGGCACCGUAUCGAAAACCCUCUUAAGAAUAAAUAGGAAUGGCAAACUCUCUGUGUUUCACUUCUGUUUGUUCCUUCAACACUCCCAACAAACCAGGGAUAAUCAUUGAUAAUUCUGUUCCAAGGAAGGUUCUUCGGGUAAAUGAAAUGUUUAAGAGCUCCAGGAGUGCCAGAAUUCAAUCUUUAGAGGCUAAGGCUGCAGAUGAAAGUCAAAGUACUAAACCAAAUAGCAUUCUCUGCGCUGAUUGUGAUGGAAAUGGUGCCAAACAGUGUUCCCAAUGCAAAGGUACUGGAGUUAAUUCUGUUGAUCACUUUGACGGACAAUUUAAAGCUGGUGGGCUAUGUUGGCUUUGCAGGGGAAAAAGGGAGAUUUUAUGUGGGAAUUGUAAUGGAGCUGGCUUCAUUGGUGGGUUUAUGAGCACAUUUGAUGACUGAUGUAAAAGCUCAAAUUUGGUUGUCUUCAAGGAUAUUUAUAUUUACUAGUAUCAUCUUUUGUAAUUUUGUUUUGUUUCUUAGAU